AUGGCGAGUCACGGAGUUCCCCGCGUCUCUGGCGCCCCCGACAAGAGCGACCAGGCGCGUGAAAAGGAGCGCAAACACAUUGAGCAGUACAAAGAUCUUGAACGGAAUGUGGUUGAGAAGAUCAAAGCCAAAGACUACUCAAACACCACCCUCCAACUGACAGGCGCCUUGCUGAAGCAAAACCCCGAAUACUACACGAUAUGGAACUACCGACGCAUGAUCUUGGAAGAUGUUUUUCAGAAAGAGCUGGAGGCCAACAGAGAUUCAGCGCAGGCUGAAGAGGGGGACGCGAUGGCCGCUGCAAAGGCGGGCCUGACAUUGGCACAACAAGAGAUCGUGCUUCUGAUCAAAGAAGAUCUUCAGUUCCUGCUGCCGCUACUAAAGCAGUUUCCAAAAUGCUACUGGAUCUGGAACCACCGGCGAUGGCUGUUGACCACGGCAACCAAGCAUGUGCCGUCACAUGUCACACUAGAGCUUUGGAAGGGCGAGCUUGGCCUUGUGAGCAAGAUGCUCUCACUUGAUAGCCGCAACUUUCAUGGCUGGAACUACAGACGGGUCACCGUUCAGUAUUUGGAGGAGUUGAGUGACAAGAGCAUGGUCGAACCAGAAUUCGAGUACACAACCAAGAUGAUUCAAAGCAACCUCAGCAACUUCAGUGCGUGGCAUAAUCGUGGCCAGCUCAUUCCUCGUCUGCUCACAGAACGCCAAGCUGGCGCGGAUGAGAGGAGGAAACUCCUGGACGAGGAGUUUGAGCUCAUCACUCGAGCGCUGUACACCGAUCCUUACGACCAGAGCUUGUGGUUCUACCACCAGUAUCUGAUGUCCGCCCUAGACAGCCACAACCCCAAAGGUCCGCACAUUCUGGCAUCUGUGAGCAACGGAGACCGGUUGGAGUAUCUCGACCGUGAAAUCGACAGCAUUCGUGACAUGCUCGAUGGCGCCGAGGAUUGCAAGUACAUCUACCAGGCCUUGCUUGACUACUCGACGCGAUAUUUUGAAGUCGACGCUGGAAAUAAGAAGGUUACGACAGUUGAGAUGACGGAAUGGCUUGAUGAGCUGAGGAAGAUUGACCCCUUACGAGAAGGUCGAUGGAACGACCUCGCAGGGCAACUGAAGCUCUGA